AUGGCAUGCGCGCUCCUUUUCAGUCGCCGGUUUACCAAAACAUCGGUGUGCUUGUUGUCCCUGUUCCUUUCCUACGUGGGCUACUGCACUUUAUUCCACGGGGACCCCUUCUUGCUCCCGGCUUCCGGGGAUCCGGCGCAGAGCUGCGGUCGGCGGCUGCCGACCGACGGAGCCUGCGCGUCUCCUGCACCGCCAGCUGUGGAGGCAGCCCGGGUGAAGGCUGCCGAGGGGCCGCCGUCAGCCGCGCUCCACGCCAGGAGCCACACACCCGGCCCGCCGAUGGGGCACCCGAAGUUCGGGAAUAAAAAGUUGCCCAAUGCUGUCAUAGUUGGAGUGAAGAAGGGAGGAACUAGGGCGGUUCUGGAGUUCAUUCGGAUCCACCCGGACGUGAGAGCCGCUGGUACCGAGACGCACUUCUUUGACAGGCACUAUGACCGAGGGCUCGAGUGGUACAGAAGUUUGAUGCCAAGGACUCUUGAAGGCCAAAUCACCAUGGAGAAGACUCCCAGCUACUUUGUGACUAAAGAGACGCCGCACCGGAUCGCCGCCAUGUCACGUGACACCAAACUCAUCGUGGUGGUGCGGGAUCCCGUCACCCGGGCAAUAUCGGAUUACACCCAGACUUUAUCCAAAGCUCCCGACUUGCCGAGCUUCCAGGAACUAGCCUUCCGGAACCAGAGCACGGGUUUGGUGGAUGCAUCCUGGAACGCCAUCCGCAUCGGCCUAUACGCACUUCACCUGGAGAACUGGCUCCGCUACUUCCCUCUAGCUCAGAUCCACUUUGUCAGCGGCGAGCGCCUCAUCACGGACCCGGCGGGCGAGCUGGCCCGGGUGCAGGACUUCCUGGGGCUCAAGCGCAUCGUCACGGACAAGCACUUUUACUUCAACCGCACCAAAGGCUUUCCAUGCCUCAAGAAACCAGAGAGUAGCGGCUCACCUCGAUGCUUGGGAAAAUCCAAGGGCAGGACUCACGUGCAAAUCGACCGGGAUGCCAUCGAGCAGCUGCGAGAUUUCUACAGACCCUUUAAUGUCAAGUUUUAUGAGAUGGUGGGUCAUGAUUUCAAGUGGGAGUAG